ACUUUUUUGUAUCGAAGGAAUCAACAGCCGCCAUCUUGUUGUGGCUCGGAAUUGGGAUUUCGCUCCAACACUGGCUUUUACGUAGAAAUCGAGCAUCCUUACCGGGACGUGACAGCGUCCUUCCGUCGAAAACGAACGCUUAAAAUCACCUCGGAGUCAUUUUAUGCAAAAAAAAGACCAACCGGCCGGGCGAUCGUCGGGCAGAAUAGCUCCGUAUAUCUGAUUUCCCCUUCAGGAGUGCGGCGAUUAUCCAGCCCGGGAGCAGCGCUGCUUUCACCCACACCCGCACAACCGCGACUUUACAAGCCAUUUUUGGGAGACGUACUGCAUUUUCGUGCAAUUGUGCAUUUUUUGUGGAGCUUUGCGCGAUUUUUGCAUGAAGAAAUUUGACGUCACUCAAAAUGGGUACUUUGGACAUGUAGGAUUGGAGCUCGUUUCUCCUGCAGGAAUCACUCAAUCCACACAAAUACACCCGGACUGUCGAGCUGGAGUGUGAUUAGUUACAUGGGGGAGCAUUUUCCGGGGGGUUAUUUAGUAACGAUGUGGGUGUUGGGUGUUGGAUUAUCAUGGGGUGAGUGGCGGUGGCGGAGCGGGGCGCUGUUGACUCUCUUUUGAAACCCGACUCUCUCUUCUGGGAGCUAGUUAGUUAGCCACGUUAGCAGCUACACAGCCCGCUAAUGUGCUGCUGACCGGGACAGCUUUAGGGCAGGGGGAAGAAUAACGUCUUUGUUUGGAAGAUAAGUCACCGUUAAAACAUAAAGCGGCUAUGGCUGAGAACCUGCUGGAAGUGGGUCCUCCGAGCUCCAAGCGGCCGAAGCUGAACUCACCUGCGCUGUCAGCGGCGGAUGGACCAGAUCUGGGGUCUCUGUCCUGGGAUGAAUUGGAUCUUCCAGAUGAGUUAAUCCCUAAUGGAGGUGAUUUGAGCCUUAUGGGUGCGAUGCCUUCAAAUGGUGGAGCACCUGGAGCUGGUGGACCAGGUGCUACCCCAGCUGGUCUUGGUGGCGGUGGGGCUUCUAUUGUCCCAGAUGCAGCAGCCAAGCAUAAACAGCUGUCAGAGCUUCUUCGCGGUGGUAGUACCUCCAGUAUCACAGGCACGGGGCUCAACUCGGCAAGCCCUCAAUCUGGCACUAUUGGGUCACAGCUGGGAACACCUCUAGGCAAGAGCCCCCUUGGUCAGGGCUCUCCUAACAACCACCCAUCCCCGCAGGCCCAAAAAGCAGGAACACCAACUGGAGUUGCAGGACAGAACAAUAAUACUGCAGCUAUGGGAUUCAACCAAGCUAUGAUUAACAAUAGCCAGGGCCAUUCUGGGCUCCUGACUCAGGGGGGCCAGCCUCAGCCUGGGCAGGUGAUGAAUGGUGGUCUCGUAUCCGGAGCUGGGAGAGGACGGGGAGCAAUGCAGUACCAAGGACAGGCAAUACAGGGAACUCCACCCGGACAAGGAGGAACUGGAAGUGCGUUAGCAGAUACACUUACCCAGGGAGGGCAACAGAUGGGAACCCAUACCACCCUUGGUGCAGCCCAGCCAGCAAGCAGUAUGAACAAGGUGGGCUUGGGUACCAAUGGAGGCCCGUUUGGGGCCCAAACAUAUGGCCAGGGUGCUGUAGGACCAGGCCAGCAACUAAAUCCUCAGCAGCAGCUCCAGAACAAGGCUGCCCUUGCCAACAGCCUGCCACCGUUCCCUAAUGAGCUCAAAGGGGCUGCUGUUACGAGCGUGCCAAAUAUGCAGCCACAACAGCAGGCAGCGAUGCUCCCACUGGCCAGCAGCGGGGGAGUGGCAGUGCCUUCGGCAGGCCCUACAGCCGACCCCGAGAAGCGCAAGCUGAUCCAACAGCAGCUGGUCCUGCUGCUUCAUGCUCACAAGUGCCAGCGACGAGAGCAGGCCAAUGGGGAAGUGAGGCCCUGUGCCCUGCCCCACUGCCGCACCAUGAAGAACGUCCUCAACCACAUGACCCACUGUCAAGCUGGCAAGUCCUGCCAGGUGGCUCACUGUGCAUCUUCCAGACAGAUCAUCUCCCACUGGAAAAAUUGCACACGACACGACUGUCCCGUCUGCUUGCCGCUGAAGAAUGCUAGCGACAAGCGCACCCAGCAGCCCAUGCUGAGCUCCCCAAACGCAGGCCUCCAGAACCCCAUGUCCUCUGUUGGUGCGGGCCAGCCAAGUGCCCCCACUAUCAAUACCUCAGCUCCUAUAGACCCCAGCUCAAUGCAGAGAGCCUAUGCAGCUCUGGGUCUGCCCUACAGCAGCCAGGCCUCUGGACAGGCCCAACAGGUCCCAGGACAGACGACCGGUGUCCAGAACUCCCAGCAGCAGCUUCCACAGCCCAUGAGAUCCAUCAAUGCUAUCGGUAACCAGAUGACUCUUGGAGGUGUGACCACUUCAGAUCAGACAAAUCUACACACCGACUCUCUUCCCAACACACUCAACACUAACAAUCAGCUGCUGUCAGACGGAUCAGCUGUGGGAUCGAUGGGAAACUUACCCACAGCGGCUCCCCUCUCUGCCACAGGCUCCAGGAAAGCCUGGCAUGAGCACGUCACUCAGGACCUGCGCAAUCACCUCGUACACAAACUAGUACAAGCCAUAUUCCCUACACCUGACCCGGCAGCUUUGAAGGACAGACGGAUGGAGAACCUAGUGGCCUAUGCCAGAAAGGUGGAAGGGGACAUGUACGAGUCCGCCAACAGCAGGGAUGAGUACUAUCACUUCCUGGCGGAGAAAAUUUACAAAAUCCAAAAGGAACUGGAGGAGAAAAGGCGUUCAAGGCUACAGAAGCAGAUCAUCAACCAAGCACCUAUGGCCGCUCAGGGGACCCAGCAGCCUGGCCUUCCCCAGCCUAAUGCCUUGGGCCAAAGGCCUCAGAAUGGACCUGUUUCUCUUCCAAACAUGCCAAAUCAGAUCAUGAAUCGCAUGCAAGGAAUCAACCAAUUCAACCACAUGGCUCUGCCCAACACCCAGAUGCCUCAGACAUCGAUAGGAGCCCGAGCUGCUUCUCCUAUGAGCCACCCACAGCAAGUGAACAUGAGCACCGUCUCAGCGAUUGGAAUGUCUCCGUCUAGAAUGCCCCAGACACAGGGCAUGAUAGCUGGACACAGCAACAUGGUGGGCCAGACUGCAAACCAGGGACAGUUCAUGCCGCAGACGCAGUUUCCUCCUGGAUCUGGUGGAGUGGCUUCAUCGGGAGCAAUUAAUGUGAGCGUGGGGCCUGGCAUGGGCCAGCCACCAGCACAAGCUGCUGUCACCCAGCAGCAGCAGCAGCAACAGAGCGCUAACCUCCCCAUGAAUGCACUUGGCCCCUCGCUGGGCCCUCAACUAGCCUCCUCCCAAACCCCCUUGCUCUCCACGCCUCCACCUACUGCCUCCUCUGCCUCCACGGCCGGGGGGGCCACUAACCUGCCGCACCCCCAGUCCUCCAGUCGCAGCUCCACCCCCACCCUUCCUGGCCCCGCCCCAGCUCAGGGUGCCACCCCACCCUGCCCCACUCAGACCCAACCCCAGACGGAGCUUUCUGCAGCGGCGCAGACGCAGCCCUUGCCUCAGCCCCCGACCACGCCGCUUUCUCAACCAGGGGCCAGUCUGGAUAACCGGGUGCCCACACCUGCCUCGGCUGCAAGCGCUGACCUGCACUCACAGCAUGUAGCAGCAGACCUGCCCGUCCAGGAGGUCAAAACAGAAACGCACCACAGCAAGCAGGAGAUUGAGGCUGCUGGUGGAAAAACGGAGCCUAAGAUGGAGACGGAGGAUGACUCUGCUUCAGUUUUGCCGAAGAAGGAGGAGCAAGAAGAGAAGCCAGAGCCAAUGGAGGUGGAAGAGAAAAAGCCGGAAGUAAAGACAGAAGUCAAAGAGGAGGAGGAGAGUGGAACUAAUACUACAACCUCAUCGUCACCAUCUCAGUCACGGCGGAAAAUUUUUAAGCCUGAGGAGUUGCGCCAGGCUCUCAUGCCGACACUGGAGUCUCUCUACCGGCAGGAUCCAGAGUCGCUACCCUUCCGACAGCCGGUAGACCCCAUGCUCCUUGGAAUCCCGGACUACUUUGACAUAGUUAAAAACCCAAUAGAUCUGUCUACAAUAAAGCGCAAGCUCGACACAGGACAAUAUCAAGAGCCCUGGCAAUAUGUGGAUGAUGUCUGGUUAAUGUUCAACAACGCUUGGCUGUACAACCGAAAGACAUCUCGCGUCUACAAGUAUUGUUCAAAGCUGGCAGAGGUGUUUGAGUCGGAGAUCGAUCCGGUCAUGCAGGGCCUGGGUUACUGCUGCGGGAGGAAGUACGAGUUCUCCCCUCAAACCCUCUGUUGCUAUGGCAAGCAGCUCUGCACCAUACCUACUGGAGGCACAUACUACAGUUACCAGAACAGAUAUCAUUUCUGUGAGAAAUGCUUCAAUGAGAUCCAGGGGGAGAGUGUAACGUUGGGAGAUGAUCCUGCACAGCCACAGACGAUGAUAUCGAAAGACCAAUUUGAGCGCAAGAAGAAUGAUGUACUUGAUCCUGAACCAUUUGUUGAAUGUAAAGAUUGUGGGCGGAAGAUGCACCAGAUAUGCGUUUUACACUACGAUGUUAUUUGGCCGUCUGGAUUCAUCUGUGAUAACUGCCUGAAGAAGAGUGCAAAAACACGGAAGGAAAACAAGUUCUCUGCUAAAAGACUGCAGUCAACGCGACUGGGAAUGCAUAUAGAGGACCGUGUGAAUAAGUACUUGAAGAGACAGAACCAUCCAGAGGCCGGCGAAGUGUUUGUACGAGUGGUGGCGAGCUCCGACAAAACGGUGGAGGUCAAACAAGGCAUGAAAGCCAGGUUUGUGGACACGGGUGAAAUGUCUGAGACCUUUCCCUACAGAACCAAAGCACUUUUUGCAUUUGAGGAGAUUGACGGCGUUGACGUUUGCUUCUUUGGCAUGCACGUACAGGAGUAUGGGUCUGAAAGCCCAUUUCCAAACACUAGGCGGGUGUACAUAUCAUACCUUGACAGUAUUCACUUCUUCAGACCUCGGGUUCUACGAACAGCGGUGUACCAUGAGAUACUAAUCGGCUAUCUUGAAUAUGUCAAAAAACUGGGGUACGCCCAGGGCCACAUCUGGGCGUGUCCACCCAGUGAAGGAGACGACUACAUCUUCCACUGCCAUCCUCCCGACCAGAAGAUCCCAAAGCCCAAGAGACUGCAGGAGUGGUACAGGAAGAUGCUGGACAAGGCUUUUGCUGAGAGGAUCCUGCAUGACUACAAGGACAUUUUCAAACAAGCGACCGAGGAUCGACUGACCACCGCCAGUGAGCUGCCGUACUUUGAAGGCGACUUCUGGCCUAACGUUUUAGAGGAGAGCAUCAAGGAACUGGAGCAGGAGGAGGAGGAGAGGAAGAAAGAGGAGAACACGGCUGCCUCUGAAACUCCUGAGGGGACGCCUAGUGACAGCAAAAAUGCUAAGAAAAAGAACAACAAGAAGGCCAACAAAAACAAGAGCAGCGUGAGCCGAGCCAAUAAGAAGAAGCCUGGAAUGCCGAAUGUAGCUAAUGACUUGUCCCAGAAACUCUACGCCACCAUGGAGAAGCACAAAGAGGUGUUCUUUGUGAUCCACCUUCAUUCUGCACCCAUGGUCAACACGCUGCCGCCCAUUGCUGAUCCCGACCCCAUGAUCUCCUGUGACCUGAUGGACGGCCGCGACGCCUUCCUGACUCUGGCAAGGGACAAACACUGGGAGUUCAGCUCCCUCAGGAGGUGUAAGUGGAGUUCCAUGUGCAUGCUGGUUGAGUUGCACAACCAGGGACAGGAUCGCUUUGUUUACACUUGCAAUGAGUGUAAGCACCAUGUGGAGACGCGCUGGCACUGCACUGUGUGUGAGGACUUUGAUCUUUGCAUUAAUUGCUACAACGCGAAGGGCCACGAGCACCAGAUGGUGAAGUGGGGUCUUGGCCUGGAUGACGACAACAACAGCCAGAGUGGAGAGGCUUCCAAGAGCCCGCAGGAGAGUCGGCGUUUAAGUAUUCAGCGAUGCAUUCAGUCCCUGGUACACGCCUGUCAGUGUCGCAAUGCAAACUGCUCUCUGCCGUCCUGCCAGAAGAUGAAGAGAGUGGUGCAGCACACCAAGGGCUGCAAGCGCAAAACCAACGGCGGCUGCCCCGUGUGCAAGCAGCUCAUUGCUCUCUGUUGUUACCACGCAAAGCACUGUCAGGAGAACAAGUGUCCUGUCCCGUUCUGCCUGAACAUCAAACAAAAGCUUCGGCAGCAGCAGCUGCAGCACCGGCUCCAGCAGGCCCAGUUAAUGCGGAGAAGAAUGGCUAGCAUGCAAGGCAGGACCAUGCCGCUGCCAUCUCCACCAGCCUCGGCCACCCCCAGCACUCCCACCUCCCACACGCAGCCCAACACUCCUCAAACGCCCCAGCAGCCGCUUUCUAACCAGCCACAGACCCCCAAUUCAGCCGGCGUCAUGUCCCCCUCGUUCCCCAACGCUCCACGCUCCGGCCAAGCUCAGGCCCCCGUCUCUCAGGGCAAACCUGGACCCCAGGCCUCCCCUCUACACCAGCAGCAGUCCCCGCUCCCCCAGACGCCCCUGCCGCCCAAGCCGCUGCAGCAGCAGCCUCCGCCCGCUGCGGUCAAGAUGGCCCACCACAUCGAGAUGAUGGCACAGGCUCAACAGAACCAACAGAACUACCGGGUCAAUAUGAACGGCUUGCCCAUGAACCAGCAGCAACCACAGCAGCGCAUGACUGGCCCAGUGCAGCAGAACAUGCAGAUGGUGCAAGGGCCUCGUGGGCCGCAGGUCAUGCAGCCCGGCAUGGUCCCGGGACAAUGGGCCGGACCUGCAGGGCCCAUGCAGGCGGCUCAGACUCAACAACCGGGGCUGGUUCCGGGCGGGACGCCGCAGCAGGCCAUGACCAUGCAGCGGGCCAUGAUGGCACAAGGCCAGCAGGCUCAACAGGGCCAGAGGAUGCUCAUACCACAACAGCCCGGUGCCCGGCCACAAACCCCACAGAGACCCGGCACCAUCCCCCCCAACGCUCUGCAGGACCUUCUACGCACGCUCAAGUCUCCCAGCUCCCCGCAACAGCAGCAACAAGUUCUCAACAUCCUCAAAUCCAACCCUCAGCUGAUGGCCGCUUUCAUCAAACAGCGAACGGCAAAGUAUCACGCAAACCAGCCGCAGCAGCAGCAGCAGCAGCAGCCACAGGCAGCUCAGCAACAACAGCGCGGCAUGCCAAACAUGCAGACCAUGGCUAUGCCAGCCGGGCCGGUGCAGAGGCCGGGGAUGCCCCAGCAGCAGCCCCAGCAACCUCCUGUGCAGGGUAUGGCUCAAUUAGGGGCUCCAGGCCAGCUGAUGAACGCAGCACACAACACCAACCCCCAGAUCCAGGAGCUCUACCGUCGGCAGCUCUUAAGACAACAACAGCAGCAGCAGCAGCAGCAGCAGCAGCAGCAGCAGCAGCAGCAGCAGCAGCAGCAGGGAGUGAUGUCUCAAGGCCAUCCAGGGCAGUUCCCUGCUCAGCCACAGGGGACAGCAACUACAUACUCCCAGCUCCGCAUGCAGCAGCAGCAGCAGCAGCAGCAGCAGCAGCAGCAGCAGCAGCAGCAAAUAGCCAUGCAGGCCGGGGCAGCAGCAGCAGGAGGACCUAUGGGUCAGCUCCCAUCAAUAGCUCAGAUGACUCAGCCUGGCAUGGGGAUGGACUCCACACAGAACUUAAUGCACCAGCGGCUGCUCCAGCAGCAGCAGCAGCAGCUUCCCCAGCAGCAGCAGGCCGUCCUCAAGCAGCAAAUGGGCUCCUCCAGCCAGCCGAGCCCCAUGAGCCCUCAGACCCACCUGCUGGCCGGCCAGGCCCAGGGCGCAGCGUGCCUUCCGGGCCAGCCAGCGUUAGCCAGCGGCCUCAGCAACCAAGUCCGCUCCCCCGCGCCAGUCCAGUCUCCCUGUCCGCCCUCGCAGCAGCAGCCACAGCCACCACAUUCCAGCCCGUCACCGCAGGUUCAGAACCAACCCCAACCUUCGCCGCAGCAUCCGCCUCUCCCCCACUCGGGCUCCCCCCGCCCGGGCCUGGGCGGCCCGCUGCAGUCCAUGGAGCAGGGACACUUGGGUACAGCAGAACAAAGCGCCAUGCUGCCGCAGCUCAACACGCCCAACAGAGCCGGGCUGAGCAACGACUUGGGGAUGGGGGGAGAUGCUACGGGGGACACUCUGGAGAAGUUUGUGGAGAGAUUGUAGCAUUUUUACUGGGAGCUCAAGAACUCAUUCUCACUCCCAGGAAACAUCCUCCCACUCCCGCUUCUCUCCCAUUUCCCCUCAGACUUGAUCCCAUUAGGGGGAUUUGUUUGUUCUUUCUAAAGUUAAGAACGGUUUUUUUGUACUGACAUGUAAAAAGUUUCAACUGUUUCAACCGUCAAACUUUAAAUUUGGUCAUGGAAAAAAAAAAAAAACAGUCGACACUUCUAUGGGGAUGUAAUUGUUUCCUAAACCCAAAUGGCUGGGUGUUUCUUCCUUAAAAGGUUUAGGAAUUUGAAAGUUGCUUCUUAAAUAAGAUUAAAUCACAAAGAAUAUAUUUUUGGUUGAGACCAAAUGUGUUCAAUACUCAGUUUAUUUUUGGUUUGUUUUUGGUAUAGUUUCAUGCCUUUCUCUCUUUUUUUUCUUCCCCCUUUUUCAAGAAAAUGUACAAUUGCAUUAUAUUAUUCAUAUCUUUUUAUUUUGUACCUUUGGAGAACAAAUGUAAUACAUUUUUCUGUUAAACUUGUAAAAUAUAUUGUCUGGAAAUUGGGCCAGGUUUUCGUUCCCUUCUCAAGCUGUCAUUCCUGGCAUUUGUAAUCUAGUGUUUGUACCAUUACUGCAAGGCGAUGCGUUUGUGCGAUGCGUUCAGGCGAUGCGAUGGCUCCCCUCCCACUUGUGUGUAUGAAGAGCACUCAGUUGUAUCAAAGUAGGAAAUGGUUUGCAACAGUGUGUAUACACAGGCAUGUAUGCAGGCGCACAUGAAGACACUGACACAGACGCUCGGUCACUAAGAGAAACGGCUCCAAGACGUUUCACAUAGGCAAGUUUCUCAGCCUACAUUUUCAUUUGAAAAAAAUCUGCUUAAAUGGUGUAGAAAGUUGUUAAUUUGACGUUAAAAAGAAUUUUGUCAUACUUUUAUGUCAUACAAAUGUUGUAAAGUGUAAAGAGAGUGUGAGAAAGAGACCAGCCCCCUAAGCUGAGGAGGAAUGAUAACAGGUUGUUGGUAGGAAACAUCUCCAAUGAAUGCCCAGUCUCCUAAAUUUGACACUAAGUUGUGUUUUCAAGGGAUGAAAGGCACAUUUGGGAUUCACCUGAAAAAUACAAUAUCAUCAGCCCUCAUUCCUGUAUCACAAAAUUUGAAUUAGGGGGAUUUACUUUUUCUCCUAUUGUAAAUCGUUAUUAAGCAAAAUACUAUAAAUAUAAGAGAGAGAGAAUGAAAUCACUGUACAAACUGGUAAAAGACUCAUUUCUUACUUAUAUACCAUAUUGUUAAAUAAACUGUGCAACAGAACUCCAUUGGUCUGUUGACUGAAUGAGGCAUCACUCCUGUUGGUGUCUGUUCAUUUGUUGCAGCUCUAGUUUCGUUCCCAGCAAUGGUGGCUGAAAAAAGACAAAGUCAAAGUGAUGGACUGUUCCUGUGUGUCUCGCAUUAAUUUCUCCAACUAUGUGCAAUUAUUCCUUUUUCUGAAUUUCUCCAGAAAGAGGAAGCUGAAGAGUUGAAGUUGAUGUCACAGUUUGACAUCUGGAAUUUUCUGAAUUUCAGAACAAUCUAAAGAGCUGGAUGGAAAAGUUGCUUGAGGAUGUUUUUUUUUUUUUUUUUGUUUUGUUUUCUCAGCAGGGGAUGUUGUGAGUCAAAGAUUCUUUAUUUGGUUUGUACAAUAAUAAAGAUAAAUAUGAGCUUUGAA